UGGGGUGAUCUCACUCCGCUUCCUGCACAGGCGCGCGGGGAAUUUAAAUGCGCUCCCGACUGUGCUGUACACGCUGCACGAGUUUUUUUUUUUUGCAAACGAGCUUUUCCCCGCCCCUUUCCCUAGCGCUCGGAGCUUCAGAUUCUCCUCACCCGGGGCGGGUGCGGGGGAGCCUACCCCUGACCGGUUAUAAGGGAGCGAAAGGCGAGCACCCCCUGGCGUCAGAUUCCCGCCCAGUCCCCGCGCGCGCGGAAAAUGGGCAAGUGGGCACCGACCUCCGCGUCCAGGCAAACGAGAGUGGAGCGCGGAGGGGUUGGGGGUCGAGAUAGGCGCGGGCCGCCGCUCUUGAGACCCCGGGAGCCGGAACCAAAGAAGGCUCGGGGAAAGAGGUCGUGUGUUGCAAGAGUCUAUGGAUCCGUGACUAUUCCGUGCCUUUCAUUCGGGCCCCUUCCUGAAUUGAAGGAGUUAUUGAAAUCAAACUAUUACCAUUCCAUCAUUGUAUAGUGUGUAUGUGGGAAGGGGUAGAUAACUUGAAUUGUUAGUUCAUACAUCUCGAGAAGAAGUCGCAUUCCGACAUGAUAUAAAACUACUACAAGAUCCUGCACUUUGUCUCUGAUGGAACAUCCCAUUGGAAUGGGACUUCUGUUUCUCUCAGAGAGGGGAUUUAAAAAAAUACAGAUAAGCAAAAACGAAACGAGAAGUCUCUGGAGGUUACGCAGAGAGAGUCACGUGAAGUUUUACUUCCAGACGCAUCGCGGACAAAGUUGCGGCAGCCAGGCGGCUGCUUGGCUUGGUGGGCCGUCGGUCAAGGGCGCGCUGAGCUCGCCGCACAAGGGCCGGUGAUCAAAUUUUGGGCUCGCUGGUACCUCCAAGGAAUUAUGCUGCCAGAGCGGAGCGCGGGAGGAGAAAGAUUUCAGUUUGGAAAUUGAAUGGCUGCUGGGAAAAUGAACAUCGCUAUUGAUAUGGAAGCAAACUGUGGUGAUUUGGUUCUCAGUGUAGGAAGAAUCACUUUAGGGGAGAAGAAUAGAAAAAAGAUGAAAAAUUGUCAACUGAGAAGAGAGCAGAAUAAAAAAGUCUUACAUUGUAUGAAUGCUUUGCUGAAUUUUGGAGGGGGAGUGAUCAAAGCUGAAAUUGAGAAUGAAGACUAUAGUUACCAAAAAGAUGGACUAGGAUUAGAUUUGGAAACUUCUUUUAGGAAUCUUCUGUCAUCUUUUACUCGUAAUUUCCUAGACUUCAGGCAACAAGGACGCUACUUUUUAAUUUUUGUUAAGUCAUGGAGCUCAGCAAUCCCUGGUCUCUGGAUUGCCAGCUUGUGCACCAAUUUGUACUACAGAGACACAACAUCUGUCCUUGUCAUGAGUGCCAGUGAUGCACUGAAGUUCCUCAAAGAAAGAAAAGAAAGUAGAGGGAAAUGGAAUUCAGAACCAAGAUUCCCUCCAAAGAGGGCUAAAACUGAUAUACAAGAAGACGAAAACGUGGAAAUCUUGGCUGCUGACUUUUUUAACAGGAAGCAGCUUACGUACAAAGAAGAAAUCACCUUUACUGAAUCCACACAUGUUGAAAUUAAAGACUUCUCAACAGGAAAGUUUGUGCAACGCACUAAAGAGAUACUCCCUAAGAAUGUUUCUGCAUUUGCACACACUGAAGGGGGAUAUUUAUUUAUUGGUUUAAAUGAUGAUAAACAAAUAAUUGGCUUUAAAGCAAAGAAGGAUGAUCUCAUUAAGUUAGAAAAAGAAAUAGAAAGUUCCAUUAGGGAGUUGCCUGUCCAUCACUUCUGUAUGGAGAAGAGGAAGAUAAAUUACUUAUGCAAAUUCCUUGAAGUAUAUGAUGAUGGAGGUCUUUGUGGAUAUGUCUGUGCACUCAAAAUAGAGCAAUUCUGCUGUGUAGUAUUUGCUAGGGAGCCCAGUUCCUGGCAUGUGAAAGACAAUUGUGUGAAGCAGAUGACCGCGGAAGAAUGGAUCCAGCAGAUGGUGGAUGCUGACCCAAUUUCUUCUAGGCAUUGUGAAGAGGAGACCCUUCAAAGAUGUAUGUCAUCACCCCUUCUCCAUAGUUCACCUGUUUAUAAACAUGAGAAUUGGGAAUGUCACUUACAGAACUGUCACUUCUCAGUACCAUCAGGAAAGAUGACAUAUACUCCAGAAACCCUCUACAAGGAACUGUUCUUACAACAUGAAGGACUUGAAGAAUUAAUAUUUAAAGAAAUGGACUCUGUUAGCCAAGGUACAUUGAUCUUUUCUAGGAGCUGGUCUUUGGAUCUGGGCUUGCAAGAGAACCAGAACGUCAUCUGUGAUGCUCUUCUAAUUGUUGAACACAGUCCACCAGUCUUAUACACCUUUCUCAGGGAACCAAAUGCAGAGUUAAAAAGGUAUUCUGCACAAACUGCCCUAACUUUAAAGCAGAAACUGGUAAAAAUUGGUGGUUACAAUGGGAAAGUGUGUGUCCCGAGAAAGGUCUUCUGCUUGAGUCCUGAAAACAAUGCAGACCUCUCUGAUAAUUCAGGCCUGCUUUACCCUAAAUCCUACAAUCUUACAACUAAAACAAUGGAAGACUUGCUGAGGGCCCUUUUAAUAGUCUUACUGAGACACAGAUCAUUGAGUAAACAAUUUAUCUCUGAGAUUUUCAGCUUGUUCUUAGAUAAUAAGUAUCAAUGACUUUUGAAGCGCAUUUUGUCCAGGGAUCACCAGAAUCAUACAAGUCAGACUAGGAUGCGUAGUUCUUCAUGUGAGAGUAUGUUCUCUAAUUCUGUGAAAUUACUCAUGUGAAGGACUUUGCAAACUAAGCAAAAUUAGGUUUGGUCUAUGUUUACUUCCUCCUAAAUAAUCCUCAUAGAUGUUGCUUAAAGGUUAUUGGUAAAAUUAGUUUGUUAAUUACUCUGUGUACAAUUUGCUAUUUAUGGAUAAAUUUCCUUCCAUUUCUAAAUUGGGGAGAUCACAAUACUUUUAUUUUUAACAACAAUAACUAAAAUAUUUCAGGUUGUACCCAGAAAGCCUUUAUAACUUAGAAAAGAUUAUCAUUGAUGAUGCUCAUAAUUUCCACAAUGGGAAUGAAGAGGGUGAAAUUUAUUAUUCCAAAACAAAAACUCAAGGCAUUCUCUUGAUCUCUUUAUCCCUUUUACACUGGUUGCUCGGGGAGGGCUUGGUGGGGGGAGACCUGUGGAUUUCCUAAUUGCUCAGAUAGUGCCCUCAAAGAACUCACCAAAUGAUUGCUUUAUUUUCCUAGAAGCAUUUCUGAAUAAAGAAGGUGAGUUGACAAAAUCCUGAACUUUCUCUCUAACAUAGUUUUGGAGGGAAGCAGCCAAAGUGUAAAAUAGGAACCCUUUCAAACAAUGAUAGUUUUCAUUAACAGAAGGAAGGAACCCCAGAGUUUGAUAUUUUCCAGUCCUCUAAGAUGAGCUGGGAGAGUAAAAUGAAGUUCAACAGAGUGGGACAGACCCUUAGCUGGGUGUUCUGAACCUGUGUAUAGUACAUUCAGCGGAAGCUUGGAACGGAAACCAGAACCUAGGUUCCCCAGCUAGGCUUCAGCCUUCUCCACUGCUGUGAUCAGUGCCAGAAGACAGUGGAGCAAUGCAUACAGAAUUCUGAGGAAAACUAAGUUUUACCCAGACAUAUUUUUCCAAGCCAAGAUGUCAUCUGAAUAUAAAUAAGACAGGCAGGGAACAUAGUUCUCUAAUACCCUUCUUAAAAUACUACAGUGAUCUGCUAAUGAAUAGAUGGAUUAAAAUAGAGAGCUUAAGAGUGGGAGAAUCUGUUGUAAAAUUGCUAGUGGUAGAAUCCAUUGAAAUACUGAAUUAAGGAAGAAUUAUGACUUCAGGACAGAAGGUACAUUUUAUGUACCUUGAAGAAGUAAAACCGUGAUAAAACUGAAAGAACAGGGAGAUGGGCACAAGGCACGACUUCCAUUAAUACUGUCUCAAUUGAAAACGAGUGGUUAAAACAUAAUUAGUAUAGCAAGAGGUUGAAAUCAUUAUUCAAUUUUUCAAAACGUAUGUAUAUGUUUAAAAUAUAGUUGAUCUUAUUAUGUACAAAUUCUGUAUUUACAAAUUCACUUACUCGCUAAAGUUUAUUAGAAACUCCAGUAUGGGUCAUUUGCGGAUAUACACAGAAGGGUGAAAAGUUUGAAUCACCCAGUGUGCAUGUUCCUAGUUGAAGCCAAACAAAGCAAUGCUUUGCCUUCUUGUUUCAGUCUCAUACUGGAAACAUUUUUGCAAUCUAUUUAGUGGCUCGUUUUUCACAUAUUUCUACUUUUUAUUGACGACUUUGCUGUUUAAAGUGCAGUCCUGAAGGGCUGUCUAGUGUUCCUAAGCACAAGAAGGCUGUGAUAUGCUUUAUAGAGAAACGAUGUACGUGAGAUAAGUUUUAUUAAGGUAUGAGUUAUAGUGCUGUUGGUGAUAAGUUCAUUGUUAAUAAACUAGCAAUAUAAAGUAAGGUGUCUUCAAGCAGAAACGCAUAAAACAAAAUUAUGUAUUGAUCGUUUGACGAAAAUAUUGUGACUAUAGGCGCAUUUGACGAAAAUGUUGUGACUAGGCGCUCAUUUGAUGAAAAUGUUGUGACUAGAGGCUUACGAGAACCUAACCCUGUAUUUCCUCUAGGAGGAAUGAUUCAGUGUUCACGAUAUAAAACAUAAAACAAAGUUUUAUGUAUCGAUUGUUUGACGACAGUAUUGUGACUGGAGGCUCACAGGGACCUAACCCUGUAUUUCGACUAGGAGCAAUGGUUCAGUAUUCAUUAAUCCAGGAUUCAUGGCAACUUUAUAGAACGUAGAACCAGUUGCCCUCAAGUCGGUUUCAACUCAUGGCGACCCUAUGUGUGUCAGAGUAGAACUGUUCUCUGUAAGAUUUUCAGCGGCUGCUUUUUCAGAGGCACCUCUAGCUGUAUUCGAACCUCCGACCUUUUGGUUAGCAGUCGAGGGCAUUAACUGUUUGUACCACCUAGGAACUCCUUAUAGACCAUAUUGUUGUUGUUAGGUACCAUUGAGUUAAUUUUGACUCACAGAAAC